AUGAGUGCACACGGUAUGCGUGUGGCAAUUAUUGGCGCCGGUGCCAGUGGUCUGCCCGCCAUCAAGAGUGCCAUCGAAGAUGGUUGUGAGGCAGUAUGUUUCGAAAUGUCAAACGAUAUAGGAGGGCUCUGGCGAUAUAAACCAGAUGCAUGUCCAGGAGAAGGUACCGUCAUGAAAACUACCGUAAUCAACACAUCGAAGGAAAUGACAGCGUACAGCGAUUUUCCCCCUCCCAAGGAUGCGGCUAAUUUUAUGCAUAAUACGGAAUUGUUGGAGUAUUUCCGAUCUUACGCGAACAGGUUUGACCUGCUGAAACACAUUCGCUUUGAGCACAAGGUGAGAUCAAUCAAAAGGAAUAGUCGCUUUCCACGAAACUGGGCAGUGGGAUGUGGAAUGGCUCGAUCUCAAAACAAACAAUAG